GGCGUCUGUCAACAAAUCAGUUAAUAUUUAAGUAUUUAUUUUUGGUCGUGAAAUUAUUUUGUUACGAGACUUUCAAAAUAGAUAGAAAGUCUCCUUUUGCGUUUGUAGUUUGAAAAGUAUGCAACGAGAUAUACAAAAUUUUUGUCAGUGUUUAUGUUUACCGCCGGAUAAUGUCCAACAAAAGGCAGUUGUAACACUUAACUCAGAAUCCGUAAGCACCAACAAAGGUGCUAGUGUAGAUGGCCGUCCGCAAUGUGACAAGGGUUUUUCCCCCUAUUGUGUCACUAAUACCAUAGCAAGGCCGGAUCGUUGUGGAUUUCCAUCUCCUCCGUACCAAGUUUCAAAUACUCUACCCCCGUCUUCACCAUGUAGGUGCUGUGCAUGUAAUAAAUGUCCAAUAUGUUUGAUAAGACGCCUGUGUAAGGAAACUUGGGAUCGAUAUCAACAAGAAGUCAAACCACGUCAAGAGCGUUACUCAGUGUUUGAGGGCGGUCCUUUGCCUGUCAGAGCAUCGUUUACUACCAUAACCCCUGGAAUAACAACUGAUAGAAGCCUCGAUCAAAGAACCGCUGGAUAUCAGAAGUCUCCUUCUGAAAUAGGCAUAACGAAACGUAGUAAAAUAGGGAAGAAAGAUGAUCAAGAAUCUGAUGAAGACAUAGUAAGAAAGCAAAUCAAAAAGAAGACCAAGAAACAAAAGAUUUCAGAUGAUGAAUCGGAGGUCGAUACUCGAAAGGGUGACAAAUUGAAAAAGGUCAAAAAAGGACAGCUACCGAGUGAAACCGACUUAAAUAAAUCAGCAGCUAAAGGGAAAAAAGGAACGAAAGGGAAAGCGAAGACCUUAGAAGAAAAAUCAGACGAAGAUUUAGGAAAAGACAUUAAAUCGAGAAAAGUUAAAAAGGGAAAAAUCGAGGAUGAGUUGCAAGCAAACAAGAAAAAGGGUGGAGGAGUUUCGAAAGCUACAAAAAGGAAGGAUGACGAACAGGCCGAUAAUGAAGGUCAAAAAGUAGCUAAGUCGAAAAAAAGUAAGAAAGGUGAGGAGAAGGAGGAUGAUUUACAAAGAGAUAAGAGAAAGGAUAAAGUAUCGAAAGGAGGAAAGAAGAAGAUUGAAGAUGAGAGCGAAAUUCCUAAAGGAACAAGAAAAGGUAAAAAAGGCCAUGUCGAAGAGGAUUUGCAAACGGAUAAGAAAAAAGUCACGGCGGUUCCAAAAGGUGGUAAAAAGAAGGCCGAAGAUCAAGUUGAUGACGAAGUUCCGAAAAGAGGUAAAGCCAAGAAAGAUAAGAAAGGCCAAAGCCAGGAGAACCUUCAAAUCGACAAUAAAAAACGUGGUGGAGUAUCAAAAGGUGGAAAAAAGAAAAUUGAACAAGACUCCGUUGAUGAAAUUCGAAAAGGAUCUAAAUUGAGAAAAGGUAGGAAAGAGCAACUUAUAAUUGAACUUGAUGUUGACAGAAAGAAGGAGGCGAAGGUACCUAAAGGUGGAAAGAAAACUAUUUAUUCUGAUCAGUUGGAGGAUACACUUCCUAAAGCUGGAAAACCUUCUAGGACAGACAAGAAAAGCAAGCGGCAGGGUCGAAUUGACGACGAUGAGCCAUACGCCAAAGGGAAAAAUGCUGUGAAAGAUACAAUGAAAGCAGCAAAGUCAAUAGAUACAUUUGGUGAUGGUGACAAAGCAAGAAGUAGAUCUAAAAACAAGCGCGAGAUUGUAAUGGACGCUAGCGCAAGGCAACGUGGGCGGAAUGCCAUGAAGGAUACUAAUAUAGACAGAGGCGAUCAAGAACGGACCACCAAAUUUAGUAACAGGAAUGGUCGCAUGGCAAGACGUAGUGACACCGAUAUAGUAGCUCGAAGGGGUGGCAAAUAUCGAAGUAAAUCAGCCAAGAAAGGAUAUCUAUCGGAUGACGAUACUUCAUUCGAUGCAAGUUUGGAUGAACUUCCAGUGAAAAAAGGUAAAGGAAGAAUACUUCUUGCUCCUGAUUACAUGCGACUACGUUUAGAACAGAGUGAUUUGAAACGAAUGACUAUGCAACAUGUCAUAUGCCCGCCACCAUGUCAACCAAGCACGUCUUCCAUGACACCAUGUCCAUGUGAUCCUUGUGGGGCCAUGAAUUACUGCUGCCCACCUUUAGAUUGCUUAUAAAACCUCUGUCUGGCAGCGAAUUUUCAGAACUUUGUUUAGCGUUUUAAGAGUUCUUUCUUUAUUUUGUAUCUAAUGUAAGGAGCAGAAUUAGUAGGAAUAAAUUGGAAUUCUAUUUCCACUUAUGUGA